AUGGAUAGUUUCGUAUCGAAUUUACAAAAGAAGUUAGUUAGUGAUACGCCCAACACAAAUUCAGAGCCAACACCAUCAACCACGUCUAAUGAAUCAAACAGUUUUCGUAAACUUCAAAUCCCUCAAGCGAAAAUAGGCUUGGGAUCAACAGAAGCUGAUUUGAUCAGUCUUUUGAAAAGAUAUCUUGAAAUCGUUGGACUUGUUGUUAUUGUUUGGAUACUUGGCUAUUUUCAUUUGAGUGUUUCAUGGAUUUUACUUGUCGUAUUGAUAUAUUUAUUUCGUCAACGUCAACGGGCAUUAUUUAAAGAACGACAUAAAAUGCUUAAUGAAAUCAAUAAUAACGAAGAACAAUAUAUAAAAGCUCGUUUAGAUGAAUUACCAUCAUGGGUUUUCUUUCCCGACGUUGAACGUGCUGAGUGGUUAAAUCGAAUAAUAAAACAAGCUUGGCCGUAUGCAAAUAAAUAUCUUGAUAAAGCUAUUUUUCAUGAUAUUAUAAUUCCUAUGAUACGAGGAACUUCGCCUGCUUUAGCCGAUUUUAAUUUUCAAAAACUUGAUCUUGGAGAUAUUCCACCACGAAUCGGAGGUAUUAAAGUUUAUACUGAUAAUGUUCGUGAUCAAAUAAUGAUGGAUAUUGAAGUUUUUUACGCCGGCGAUGCACGUAUUAAAUCGAAAGUAAAAGGAAUUGUUUGUGGUAUUAAAGAUAUACAAUUUGUCGGUGAUUUGAGAAUUAUUCUAAGUCCCUUAAUUAAUACAAUACCCUUAGUUGGUGCAGUUACUUAUUUUUUCCUUCGAAAACCGAGCAUUGAUUUUAAAUUAACAGAUGCUGGCACAUUAGUAGAUAUACCUGGCUUGAACGAUUUGAUGCUUGUACAAAUAAACGAUAUUGUUGCAUCAAUGAUGGUUUUACCUAAUCGACAAGUGUUUCCUUUAGUAACCGACAUACAAAUUGGACAUUUACGAUGGUCAAACCCUCAAGGUGUUGUUCGAGUUAUUGUUAUUCAAGCGAAAGAACUUAUAAAAGCUGAUAUAACACUUCUGGGUAAAGGAAAAAGUGAUCCGUUUGUUAAAGUUAAAGCUCAAGGUAAUAUAGAAUAUAAAACAAAAACAAUUAAUAAUACAACAGAACCACAAUGGAAUGAAGUUUUUGAAUUCGCUGUUGAACAAUAUGAAAGUGAUUCGGUGGUAUUAGAAGUAUAUGAUGAAGAUCCGGGUAAAGAUGACUUUCUUGGAAGGGCUGAAUUUCCAAUCAAUACAUUGACUGAUAAAGAAGCAGUUGAUACAUGGUUAACAUUAAAAGAUGUUAAAAAAGGUUCAAUUAAUGUUUGCCUUCAAUAUUUUUCAUUGAGUACGCAAAAAUCUGCUCUUGAUAUUAUUGAACAAACAAAUAAUAAAAUGAUUAAAUAUGGAGCAUUAUCGAAAGCUCUUCUUGUUAUUUACAUCGAUCGAUGUACUAAUCUUCCUACUUCGAAAAAAACUCAUCGAGAACCAAAUCCAUUUUGUCGAAUUAAAGUCGAUGCAGUUGAGCGCAAAACACAAACAUUUGAAAGUCAAACUAAUCCUUCAUUUGAACACAUAUCACAAAUCUUAUGCGCAAAUCCAGUUCAACAACAACUAACUAUUGACGUAUGCGAUGCACGUUCAAAUAAUGAUAUAAUCGGCUUUUUUCAAUUACCAAUUAAACAAAUAUUUGAUACGGAUUCAAUGACAAUUGACACUCAAGCGUUUCCAUUGAGAAGUUCAUCUGAACCUUUGGAUAAUGUUACUAUAGUUAUUCGUUUAUCGCUUCAUAUUCUAUUUCCUGGUCAUUCCAGUUCAUUAAAUCAAAUAUCACCCUCGAAUAGUUUUAGAUCAGUUGACAGUAAUACAACAGCAAACGCACAGCAAAGUGCUUCAAAAGACUCGUUAAAUCAAGUAUUACAUGGAGAUAAAACUUCAACACAAGCAACUACUUCAAACUUACAACAAGUUGCAUCGCCUGUUUCACAAAUAGUUCAAUCGGGAAAAGUUUCGUCAACAUCAUCAAACAGCAAAACUUAUUUGGUUUCUAAUGAUCCUGAUCUUCAAUCAACACCCCAUGGCCAAAUCAAACUUGGUAUUCAAUAUGCUCCUAAUCGAAAAUCUUUAUCGGUGACUGUAUGCGCAUGCAAAAAUCUUACUAAUGUUCAUAGUCAGAAUUUACCGGAUCCAUAUGUACGUGUGAAUCUACUCCCAGAUUUUAAGAAAGAUAAAAAGAAAACUAAAUCUAUUCAUGAUACAAUCAAUCCAGUUUAUGAUGAUUUAUUUGAAUGGUCAGCAUCGCUGGUUGAUAUACAUCGACAGCAUUUACAUAUAAGUGUGAAAAAUAAUUCACCUUUAUUUGCACAAGAACAAACUUAUAUGGGAGAAGUUGAAAUUGAUCUGUCAAAUCUUGAUGGUGAGAAGUCGAGCGUAGCUUGGUAUGCUUUACAAGAACCAAAUACAAGUCCUGCUGGAUUACUAAAAAUAAAAUAUGACGGAGAAGAAUUGAAGACACGUCAAUAA